UCUCGUGUCCGUUCCUCGCUAUCGACGAAAAGAGAAGUGGAAGAUUUCGCGUUCUUUCUCGGUUUCGAAGCGCUUUUAUCAACUCCUUCCAGGGUUUCUCCAUCUAGGGUUUCGAUCGAGAUUUCUAGGGUUUGGAGCCAUGCUCGGAAGGAAUUAGGGCGAGGGAAAGGGUUUCCCCUCCUUCGAUCUCGUCUCUUACGAGCUUGGAGAUGGCGACAGCGAGGCCUCCGAACUCGGCCGGUGACGCAUCGGUCGACCCGGCCCCGCUCCUCGGCACCCGCGGCGGCGACCGCCGCCUCUCCCGGCGGCCCAGCCUCCGUGGCGCCGCCCGGUUCCUCCGCCGGGCGAGCAGCCGGCGGAUGAUGCGGGAGCCGUCGAUGUUGGUGCGGGAGACGGCGGCGGAGCAGCUGGAGGAGCGGCAGAGCGACUGGGCCUACUCGAGGCCCGUGGUGUUCCUCGACAUCCUGUGGAAUCUUGCAUUCGUGAGCGUCGCCGCUGGGGUCUUGGUCCUGAGCCGGGACGAGAAGCCGUCGAUGCCGCUGAGACUCUGGAUUGUGGGAUAUGCUCUCCAGUGCGUGCUUCAUAUGAUCUGUGUGUGUAUCGAGUACCGGCGGAGGCAGCACCCCCAAGGGGAAGUGAUGGAUGUGGAUGAGGGCGGGAGCUGGAGCGGAAGGAGCUCGGGAUCGAGUUCAGCGCCAGAGGUAGAAGAAGCCGCUGAUGCUGAGCAGGGUCAGGACGGAGACAGGACAAGCAUUGCAAAACAUCUGGAAUCUGCAAACACAAUGUUUUCCUUUGUAUGGUGGAUUAUUGGAUUCUAUUGGGUAUCUGCUGGAGGCCAAGUUCUGACCCGUGAUGCACCCCAACUUUACUGGCUUUGUAUAGUUUUUCUUGCAUUUGAUGUGUUCUUUGUCGUCUUUUGUGUUGCUCUGGCAUGUGUCAUUGGUAUUGCAGUCUGCUGCUGUCUACCUUGCAUCAUUGCAAUCUUAUAUGCAGUGGCAGAUCAGCAGGAAGGUGCAUCUGAAGAAGACAUCCGUCAGCUUCCAAAAUACAAGUUCUGUAAGAUCGGUGAAUCUGAGAAACUUGCUGGUGAGAUAUCAGGAUCCUUUGGUGGAAUAAUGAUGGAAUGUGGUAGCAACCCACCCAUGGAGCAUGCCCUCUCAGGGGAGGAUGCUGAAUGUUGCAUCUGCCUCUCAGCAUACGAUGAUGGAGUGGAGCUGCGUCAACUUCCCUGUGGUCACCAUUUCCACUGUGCCUGCAUAGAUAAGUGGCUUUUCAUCAAUGCCACAUGUCCACUUUGCAAAUUCAAUAUUAUAAAGAGCAGCAACCAUGGGAGAGAAGAGGUGUAGGCGGUCUAUUAACCAGGUUUGAACAUCUUCAGGUUGACUUGUUCCAUGUUUUCCUAAGAUAUCGCUGGUGUCAGUAUAAUUGGGUAGUGAAUAUCUAGGUAUAUGUGUGUGUGGAAUAGUUCUGCAGCACUCCAGUUUUCGAAUUCAUAUCUUGUGUUUAUUAGUAAUGUUUGUCAAUAACGAUGAUAUACAGAAGGUGUUGGGGAACAUGUGUCACCGUAAUGAAUUGGGCUUGUUCAUGA